UUGUUUCGCUGUGCAAUGAAGAAUGUUGUUUCGUCAUGGAAAACAUAUGAAAGUAUCGGCUUCGAAGGGAAACGCAAUCGGAUUUUGAUAUCCGGGAACACAUCCGGGGAAUUAGUGGGUGUUGUGCAAUAGAAUUGCCGACAGUGAAGUGGAAAGGACGUAGUUAUAGAUAACACAGUCCCUGUCUCAGAACGCUAACAUAUCCAAACGAUUGUACGUUAGUUGCCGAUAGCAGUGUCAUGUAAAUGCAGCUGUAUUAUAUUGUGUUAAAGCUGUGUUACAGAUGUAAAAGUGCGUGCAGAGAGAAAUCGAUACAGCGCGGUACGAAUGCUGUCGCCUGCUGCCUGUGUACCUGUUUUUGUUGUGCGAAAAGAAUGGUACGACGUCACCAUUGAUGCGGUCAUUGGUUGCUUUGCCCAAUCGGAAUUAUGAAUGGAAAAUGAUUGGCUUUAAAUUUUCGCACUAACCAUUCGGCAAACCAGCGCCAUCCGUCGCCGAUGGUUGUGUAGCGAAAUGAUAAGACGAAACAUUUCUGCAUGUUAAGCAUCUUGCGUGAACUUUCGCCGACGGACCAUUUACGUUAUCCAUACACACAUUUGUUCACCAUCCGCGGCCGGUCGGUCUAACAAACACGUCGUCCCGAUUAGUGUUGAGGGCUUUUCUCGAAGGCAUUGAAUUGCAGUUGCUGGUUGUGCGGUGUGUAAGCGUUCGCUGCUAUUUGCACGACGAAAUGUAUGGUAGAACGCGACUCGUCGUGGAAUAAAUUAUCGACGCAUUUAAAAGAUCAACUAACAAAAGAGGAACACACACAAGAGGUACAAUAGCAAGAUGUCCGCCAAAGCAAUACGCGAAGCCACCGGUAAAGACAUUAUCAACCGUCAGCUGCAGGGCGAUCAUGGAGCGGCCAAGUGUCGGUUUGCAACCGUGACCGAAACUACACAAUGGCAGCAGUUGGUGCAGGACAACCCGUGGCUGGAGACAUCGCCUCUUGUGGUUAAGCCUGAUCAACUGAUCAAGCGACGUGGAAAGCUUGGACUGAUUGCCGUGAACAAAAAUCUAGCACAAGUAAAAACAUGGGUCAACGAACGGAUGGGCAAGGAUCAGAAGAUUGGCAAUGCUACUGGCAAACUGCGCAAUUUUAUCAUUGAGCCCUUCGUACCCCACAAAGAUAAUGAGGAAGCGUACGUAUGCAUCUACUCUCAUCGAACGGCAGACACAAUUCUGUUCUAUCACCAGGGCGGAGUUGAUAUCGGCGAUGUGGACGCGAAAGCAUUGAAAUUGGAAGUACCAGUCGGUACUGAUGUCACAAUGGCCGAGAUCGAAAAAAUGUUGCUGACCGAGAUUUCUUCCGCUAAGAAAAAGAGAGUUGCAAACUUUGUGUACAAUCUAUACAAAAUGUACGUGGAUCUGUACUUUACUUACUUGGAGAUUAAUCCGCUGGUCGUGACGGACGACUCCAUCUACAUCCUUGAUCUUGCCGCUAAGGUUGAUGCAACUGCAGAUUUCAUCUGUCGGCCGAAAUGGGGAGAGAUCGAUUAUCCGCCACCGUUUGGACGUGAUGCGUUCCCGGAGGAAGCGUACAUUGCCGAUUUGGAUGCUAAGAGUGGCGCUUCGCUGAAGCUAACCAUUCUCAAUCGCAACGGUCGCAUCUGGACGAUGGUGGCUGGUGGUGGUGCUAGCGUUAUCUAUUCUGAUACAAUCUGCGACCUGGGAGGUGCUAGCGAGCUGGCCAACUACGGCGAAUACAGUGGCGCUCCGUCAGAGCAGCAAACUUACGAGUACGCUAAGACCAUUCUUAGUCUAAUGACGAGCAGCCCGAAGCAUCCGGACGGAAAGGUGCUGAUCACCGGAGGUGGCAUUGCUAACUUUACGAAUGUGGCAGCAACGUUUAGCGGAAUCAUUACCGCUUUGCGUGACUACCAGCAGAAGCUGAUCGAGCAUAAUGUGUCCAUUUUCGUGCGCCGUGCUGGUCCGAACUAUCAGGAGGGCUUGCGCAAGAUGCGUGAGAUCGGUAGCAGCUUGGGCAUUCCACUGUAUGUGUUCGGUCCGGAAACGCAUAUGACGGCUAUUUGCGGUAUGGCGCUGGGAAAGAAACCGAUCGCAAAGAGCAAUAAUGUACACUUUGCUACCGCAAAUUUUCUAUUGCCGGGCGGCCAGCAGGGUGCUGAGUCGUCGAAGAAAUCAUCCACGGCCAGCCAGGAAAAUGGCGAAGCUGGUGCAGCCCGCAGCUCUCCAACGGAGAUCGGGUCGAAUGCGUACCGUCAGAUGUUUAGCAAUCGUACUAAGGCGAUCGUUUGGGGCAUGCAAACCCGUGCGGUUCAGUCAAUGCUAGAUUUCGACUUCAUCUGCAGUCGCGAUGAACCUUCCGUAGUGGCUAUGGUGUACCCGUUCACCGGAUACCAUAGACAGAAGUUCUACUGGGGUCACAAGGAAGUGCUGAUUCCGGUGUAUUCCAAGAUGUCGGAAGCAAUCAACAAGCACAAGGAAGCGGACGUGCUGGUAAACUUUGCAUCGCUCCGGUCGGCCUACGACAGCUCGGUCGAGGUGCUGGACUAUCCGCAGAUCCGCACGAUUGCCAUCAUUGCCGAGGGUAUUCCGGAGAAUCUUACUCGCAAGCUGAACAUGGCUGCCCGUGAACGAAACGUUGCAAUCAUCGGUCCGGCCACGGUCGGUGGCGUCAAGCCGGGAUGUUUCAAGAUCGGCAACACGGGCGGUAUGCUCGACAACAUCAUACAUUCCAAGCUGUAUCGCGCUGGCAGUGUUGCGUACGUGUCUCGCUCGGGCGGUAUGUCGAACGAGCUGAACAACAUUCUUUCGCUGACGACGGACGGAGUUUACGAAGGCGUGGCAAUCGGGGGCGACCGUUAUCCGGGCACUACCUUCAUGGAUCACAUCAUGCGAUACCAGGCAGAUCCGGCUGCCAAGAUGAUCGUACUGCUGGGAGAGGUUGGCGGUGUGGAGGAGUACGAAGUGUGCGAAGCGCUGAAGGACGGUCGCAUCACCAAGCCGCUGAUUGCCUGGUGCAUUGGAACGUGUGCGGGAAUGUUCACCUCUGAGGUGCAGUUCGGGCAUGCGGGAUCUUGCGCCAACUCGGACCGCGAAACAGCAUCGGCUAAAAACAAGGCUCUUGCCGAAGCCGGCGCUCAUGUGCCUGCAUCGUUCGAUGCUUUCGGUGAUAUGAUUGGAUCCGUGUACGAGAGCAUGGUGAAGGAGGGACUUAUUGUACCUGCGGAGGAAGUACCGCCCCCGACCGUGCCGAUGGAUUACUCGUGGGCUCGCGAGCUUGGUUUGAUCCGUAAGCCGGCCUCGUUCAUGACGUCCAUCUGUGACGAGAGAGGGCAGGAGCUGCUUUACGCCGGUAUGCCGAUCAGCGACGUGCUGCAAAAGAACGUAGGAAUCGGUGGCGUUGUGUCGCUGCUUUGGUUCCAGCGCUGUCUGCCACCGUAUGUGUGCAAAUUCUUCGAAAUGUGCUUGAUGGUCACGGCUGACCAUGGACCAGCCGUGUCCGGUGCACACAACACGAUCGUAUGUGCACGAGCUGGCAAGGAUUUGGUGUCAUCUGUAGUGAGCGGUUUGCUCACGAUCGGUGAUCGGUUCGGUGGUGCGCUUGAUGGUGCAGCCAAGCAAUUCUCCGAAGCAUACGAUUCCAAUCUCCAUCCGAUGGAGUUUGUAAACUCCAUGCGCAAGAAGGGUCAACUGAUCAUGGGUAUUGGUCAUCGAGUGAAAUCGAUCAACAAUCCGGAUGUUCGAGUAAAGAUCAUCAAAGAGUUUGUAAUGCAAAACUUCCCAGCUUACCCGCUGCUGGAAUACGCGCUUGAGGUGGAGAAAAUUACCACCAGCAAGAAACCGAAUCUAAUUUUGAACGUCGAUGGAGUCAUUGCAACAUCCUUUGUCGAUAUGCUAAGGAACUGCGGUUCAUUCACAAGCGAGGAAGCCCAGGAAUACAUCAACAUCGGUGCGAUCAAUUCCUUGUUCGUGUUGGGUCGCAGCAUCGGUUUCAUCGGACAUUACAUGGAUCAGAAGCGCUUGAAGCAAGGUCUCUACCGUCAUCCAUGGGACGACAUUUCGUACGUUCUACCUGAGCAGUACAACUAAAAACCCGCCCUCUGCCGGGAUUCGUCGGGCAUCAGGGAAGAGACUUUACAAACAUUCAUUAGCACAAUACGACACAAAACGCAACCGUUUCGUUCGGACCAGAGAGAGAGAGAGAGAGAGAGAGAGAGCGAGCGCGCAGAAAAGUGAAAAUUUCAAGAGGGUGGUAAUUCAAGUAAGCAAGCAAGCGACAAGAAAACCAGAUAGCGAUCGGAAAGAAUCGAAAACAAACAAAACCAAUCUACACAACUUGAGCAGCUUUUGCACAUGCUGCGUUCUUUCCAUUUCCUCCCCCCCCUUAUUGGUAACUAGUUUUACAAGAAUCUCUUCUUUUCCUUUGGCGUAUAGUGUAAGACGUUCAGAUUCGUCAUGUUCUGUUUUGUGGCUGUUGAGCUACUAAUUUUACAUUCUCAACAAACAGUGCAUUUAUGCAAGUAAAAGUUGCUCUGUGUAAUUUGUAACUUAUUACUACUAUCAACUACAAUUCGUCGAUUCUGUUAAACAAUGGACGAUCAUCAUUUUUUUAAAGGUUGGUCCUAACCUAGGCCCCCCGCCUAUGCAGAGAAAGAAAGUGUUAUUUUGGCAGACACAAUAUUUGCUACCCAAUGCAAAUCAAUGCAAAUCAGGGCAAAUCUUACUGGGGUGGAAGUAGGAACGAUGUGUUCGAAACAAACGCAAGCAGUGAAAGCGAAAUGAAGCUUACUUUUAAUUGCUUUCAUUGCUCAUUAGAUUCCAAUGCUUUUUUUCUUCUUCCUCUUCUUUCCAUUUUUGGUUUCUUGAUUUUUAUUAACUACAUCAAAAGUGAGUGUACAAGGCAUAUAAAUAACGACGCUAUAUUCCAUGAAUAUCAUAGCAAAAGGUGGCACUGAAGUGAGAGGCAGGCAUAUUUGCAAUCUGGCCAGAUGCGGGCGGAGACGACGAGCUCUAAAUCUUAUCAUUUCUAUUUAAAAUUGUUAUUAUUUUCUUUCCUGUAAAAGUCUUCAUUGCGGUUUCUGUUGCUAUUUAUAAGUUUAUGUGGAUAUGUUUCAUCUAAUUUACUUGAAUGGAAAAAAGAUACAUCAAUAAUAGUGACAAAAUAA